AAUACCGCAUUCUCCCUCUAUACAAAAUACCGUGAGGCGUGAGUCCGUCCAGUUGUGUGGGUUCGGGGCUCCGAUUGUAGACCCGGAUUAUGGCUUCUCCGGAGUUGCAUGCGAAAGACGAUUCUCCUCUGCGUCUUCCCGUUUGGGGCGUGGAUUCGAUAUUCGGGAUAUCCGAAACGUCGUCGUCCGACGGGUUUAGCACGUCGUUCGGGUCGGAGCUGGGCUCCACCGGAACCGAAACAGAGAGCGAGGAUGGCGGAGGUGGAGAAGACUAUGACGAUUUCAUCGCUGAGUUGGCUCGGCAGAUGGCGGAUUACAUGCUUCAGGAUGAGGAUGAAAGCUUUGAAGAUGACAAUGGAGUUCAAGUUCCGCCGGAAUAUUUCCCCAAAUUCAUGCAGCCUUGCGGAUGCGGAUACGAAGGAAAAUGGUGCAAUUGCAAUGCGAGCUCGGUGUGUUAUUAUGAUAACAAGGAGCUUUUGGAAUCGGACUCUGUAACUGCAAAUCAAACCGCCUUCAUGUUCAACGAUUCCACUCGGCCAAUCGAAGUGUACAGAUUGAAGAACCAACCGUCCGUCAUAAAACAGGGGCACAAUUCGGCUUCGCGGGGAAGACGAGCCAAGGCGGGCGAGUUAACUCAGCAGAGAAAAACACUCACUGAAUCACAACUCGAACACAAAGAUGCGCCGCCGCCGCAGAAGCAGAAGUACGGGUCAAAAAAGGGCCACAGAAGAGGCGGAGGAAAGGCGAAUCCGAUUAAAACCGGGUCGGGUAUGCAGGCGAUCUUCCUCGGGCGGUCCGGGCACAGGAAUGAUUCCCAUAGUGGUGGGACAGGCGUUUUCUUGCCCCGUGGAACCAACCAACACCCAACUGAACCCAAAAAAAAAUCUGGAUGUUCGACUGUUUUAAUACCAGUGAGGGUAUUACAAGCUCUGCAACUUCACUUCAACCACAUGGAUGCUUCGUCGUCGCGGUCAAAUAUAUGCACUCCUAAUCACCUCGAUCACGAUAGCAAGACACGAGAUUUGCUUUCAGAAGGACUGCGCCAGGCAACAGAUAUCCAACUCCAACCGACAAACGAAAUGAACACCCACGAGAUGCAGUUGCCACAAGAAUGGACCUAUUGAUGAUGUCAUUGAAUUUUCGGAGCAGUCAAUUAAAAAAAAUGGAAUCUUUAGUUAAGGUAUAUAUCUUGGGAAAAUUUAAUAAAUAAAUAAAAUUAGUGAGGUUGAAAAGGACGUUGCUUUCUUCAUUUCCUCAUUAAGAUGAGUGUGGUUGUGUUCUUCCUCCUCUGUAAAUUAAUAAUGUUAUGGGAGGGUUGGCAUAUGAUAUGUGCAUAUAGUGAUGCAUGUCUCUUUGUAUAAAAUAAGGAUUAGAUUCAAAGAUUCUGAUUGAAUGAAUAACAAUAAAGUUAUGCCUAUUCAUGAAUCUUU